AUGGGACUUGGUCGCGAUCGAAUGAUUGACCAAGAGCAACAAAAUAUACAGAGACCUUUUGCAUUAGAAGAUAUGCAUAAGAAAAUUAUGAAAACUCUUGUUGAGUUGGACCCCAAAGACGAAGCAGAUCCCAAGUGUCAUCCGUUGGAAGACGAACUCAAAAUCCAAAAGAAAGAAAGUAAAGGAAACGAAAGGAUGUCGGGCGGCCCAUUCUCAAAAGAAAACUUAAGCUUAUUAUUCUUAAGGAAAAAAAGGCUACAUAAUCAAAGACAAACAGGUGUUAAUCAGUGUGUGCCUGCAUAUGAUUUUGGAAGACACAAGAAGAAGAUGGUUGGAUUCAAAAAGAGCGAGAAUGAUAAUAAUUAUACAAAGUAUUACGAGAUAUUAGGUGUUACGAAAGACGCCACUCCAGAUGAAUUAAGAAAAGCCUAUCGAAAAGCUGCCAUCCUAUGUCAUCCUGAUAAAGGUGGUGAUCCCAUCAAGGGGAUUAGCUAUGAUUAUAGGACUCAAAAUAAUAAUAAGAAACGGGUUAAAAUGAAUCACUUUGGGUGUGGGUUCUAA